CAUUCCAGAAGUCAUCUUGUUGUCCGGAGUUUUCACCAUAAAAGUUAAUCUGAAGAACUGUGUCCUCGACAGCCUCUACAGACCCUGUUGGUAUCAUCUAGAGACGACUCAGGCAUCCCUGCACUGGAAAACAUUUAGUCAGUUAACAUGUCCUCUGAGGGUGCAGUGGCAGCAGCUGGACCCAGGUUACAUCGUCUCUUCCCCUGGUUUGACACUCAAAGUGCUGCGGUGGUGACCAUCUUGUUGGGGCUGUUCCAGAUUCUGUUAUGUGUCCCACUGGCUUACGUUGAGCAAACUUUGCCAAAACUCUUUGUGGCGCCACUCAUCUUUGGAAUUCUAAUCGUAGCAGCAGGAUCCAUUACCUUUGCCAAUGAAAGGAACUCCAACAAACUACUGCUUCAAGGUUGUGUAUACAGUAAUGCAGUUUGCCUGCUGGGGACGCUGCUUUCUUUCUGCCUGUACUGCUACUGCCUCAGCACUAUUGGAACACCGAUUUGUGAGCCCAAAUCCACGCCCAGUUAUCAUUUCUACAGAGCUCAAUCUCCUGAGUGUGCUGAGGUAUUCCUGACGGCCUAUUCCAAGUCUCUGAAAAUACUGCUGCUGCUCUACAGUCUUGGAGCCCUGGUCAUACAAUCCAUCCUGUCUGUCUCUGCUUUCAAAACUCUCAAAACAGAGUGAUACACAAACACGUGUGCCAUACAUGUUGAAAUCCUCAAUAUUAGCAGUAGAAUUGAAAACCACUCAUGUAAUUCCCCUCACAAAAUUUUAAAAGUGUCGAUCGUGUAGAUUUCUGUUUUAGUGGUUUGGUGUCUCUUGAUGAGGUUUCAUGAUACAGAUCAGACUAUUUAAACCAAAAUGUCUCAUGACAUCUCAGAGUCUGUUCACACCUGGUAGUGACGUGUCCUGGGUGAUCCGAUCGCUAGUGGACAGUUUUAGAGGCUCGUUUAUGCUCCAAAUUAGAUAUAGAGGUGGUGGACAGCCUUCUGUUCGUGCUCUGCAUUCUUUUUGUCCCUAUUUGUGCACAUUUUCUAAAGGCUUAUGGAUACUGACGAAACAGAUCAGUACCACUGGAGAUUAUGGAGGCAGUGUAGCGUAGUUAAAGCAAGAUAUGACCAUAGGAGACGACGAAGACAUUUAAAUAAUGGUGGAACAGAAUGAAAUGGUAAUAUAAUAAUAUAUAGUAAUAUAUAUUGAAAUUAUUGAGAGGGACUCUCCGUCCUUAUGUCCCAUACAUGACGUCCCAGCUCUCACCUAUGGUCAUGAGCUUUGGGUAAUGACCGAACAAAUGAGAUCACAGAUACAAGCAGCCAAAACGAGUUUCCCCAGAAGGGUGGCUGGGCUCAGCCUUAGAGAUAGGGUAAGGAGCUUGGGCAACCGGAGGGAGCUCAGAGUAGAGCCACUGCUCCUUCGCGUCGAAAGGCGUCAGUUGAGGUGGUUCGGGCAUCUGAUCAGGAUGCCUUUUGGGCGCCUCCUGUUAGAGGUGUUCUGGGCACGUCCCAAUGGUAGGAGGCCCCGGGGCAGAACCAGAACACACUGGAGGGAUUACAUAUCUCAUCUGGCCUGGGAAUGCCUCAGGGUCCCCCAGGAGGAGCUGGAAAGUGUUGCUGGGGAGAGGGACGUCUGGGGUGCUUUGCUUGGCCUGCUGCCCUAGCGGUUGAUAUGAAAUGGAGUCUUCAUCCACAUGUCAGGAUGUAAAAGCAGCAGAGAUCUGCGCCAUCUACAACGCUGCCUCCAUUAAUAGAUACAAUAUUACAAUCUUUUCCAUUGUCGUCCAUUUGUUGUUGUGUGAAAAUGUUGACUCUGCCCUCUAGCGCUAUCUAUUGGCUGUAUCUAUGCCCUCAUAAACAACCUGCGGAGGUAAAAGGGCAGUCAGUGAUGUUUACGUUUGAAACAGCCAUAUUUAUUUUUGUAAACAAAGGGAGUAUAAAUGAGCCUCAAGUCUGUCUGUUUACACCUGCCAUCAGAGUGUGUCUCAAGUGACCACUUGUGAUCGAAUCUCACUUCCUCACUCUGUAUGCAAAUAAUCAGGUGCAUCUCUCAAAGUGACUGCUGAACCUUUUCAAGGCAGAAAAUAUGACUAUGUGACAAGAUGAAAAGUGUAUCACUGUAACUAUUCACAAAGAAUCUAUCAGCAACCUUACUCUUUAUAACUAUGUGCAUAUUGUUUUACCCACAGCAGAUAUACUAAUAAAACCCAGUUUGGGGACAGAAGAAGAAGUUCCCUUAUUUAAUUGCAGUUUUAAGUGAAAAUGCACAGCCUUGUAUACUGUACAUACAUUUGUUUGUUUUACAAUUACAUUGACGUUUUUUUAUAAUGUUUUGUAAUGUUUUACAUGUUUUUAAAAUUUUAUAACAAAUCAAAUACAAAGAAAAUAAAUAUACUGGAUGAACUAA